CUUACGGCAGACGAAAAGGAGAGGAUCAACGCUCGCAGAGCGCUCAGAUCCGCUUCUUGGGCCGCCGUUUUCUACUUGAUUACCACAGAUAUCCUUGGUCCCUUCAAUGCGCCCUAUGCGAUUAGUCAAGUGGGAUACGUCCCUGGCGUCAUUCUUUACUUUAUCAUGGGUGUGGUCGCCUGCUAUACCGGUCUUCUGCUGUGGUGGCUCUUCCUGAAGCUCGACUCGGACACCUUCCCCGUGAAGACGUAUGCCGACCUCACGGAGCGCAUCUACGGACGCACCGCGCGGCAUAUCGUCAGUGUACUGCAGAGCUUGCAGCUAAUCAUCAAUGUCGGCACGAUCUGUCUCAGUAAUGGCCAGUCGCUCAGCCAGAUUGCGAAGGGUAACCUUUGCUUUGCUGUCUGCAUCGUGAUCUGGGCGAUCGUUGGUAUGUUCAUUGGUCAGAUCCGUACGCUUAAGGCCUACGGUUGGCUCGCGAACUCUGCUGUUUGGAUCAACUUGGCCAUCAUCUUUAUCUCCAUGGGCUUCAUUGCGCACUCGCCCCCGAACUACAGCGCCGCGGAGAGCGCGUACGGUAUCGGUAUUGAGCCCAUCGUCAAGUCGACGUUCGUUAGUCUGCCGAUCGCCUCGAAGGUCAACGGUAUCAUGAACAUGGUCUUCGCAUAUGGUGGUGCCAUGAUCUUCCCUGAGAUGCUCGCCGAGAUGCGCCGCCCCUGGGACUUCUGGAAGGGCAUGUGCUGCGCACAGCUGCUGAUUUUUGUCGCAUACCUGCUCUACGGUCUCUUCGUGUACAGCUACCAGGGCCAGUACACGCUCGGUAUCGCGUACCAGGGUGUUAGCAAGUACUCGUGGCAGACGGUCGGUAAUGUGCUUGGUCUCGUCACCGGUAUCAUCGCUGCUGGUCUGUACGGCAACAUCGGCAUCAAGAUCGCGUACUACAACAUUGUCGAGGACAUGCUUGGCGGCCCGUCCCUCAUGUCGCGUACCGGCCACAUCAUUUGGGUUGGCAUGGUCUUCCUGUAUUGGGCUCUCGCCUUUAUUGUCGGCGCGGCCAUCCCGCAGGUGCAGACCAUCUCCGGUCUCGUGGCGGCGAUUUGCAUCAUGCAGUUCACGUAUACGUUCCCGCCCGCGCUCAUCUUCGGCUACUACUUCCUCAAGCAUGGCCGUGACUCAUCCACCGGGAAGAUCAACUGGAAACGCGGCUUCUUCGGCGGUGAGACAAAGAUGCUGCUGUUCAAGACGUUCAACUUCUUCCUCGCAUGGGCUGCGCUCGCGAUGGCAUGCCUCGGCAUGUACGGGUCCGGCACUGCGAUCCAGGAGACAUUCCAGACGGGCGCGGCGACGAGCUUCGGCUGCACGCCGCCCGUAUAG